UCCCAACACGCGCGGAGUCAGUUCCCAGCUGGCUAGUACGCGAGGUGGUCUGCGCCUGUGUUUCUCCGCACGACAGGCACAGCGUGUACCCGUCGCCAUCCGCCUCCCUGCUUGAUGACAUGAACAGUUAGUGCCGAUUAUUGUUAUGACAGCGGCUUUACAGACAGAGAUAUUUAGUACAUGGGUGUGAAGAUACAGUGGCAAGGAAAAAAAAUAUAUCUAUAAAGAGUGGUCGUAGCAGUGAUUUUAACAGUGAAAGAGAAACCGAUCUGCCGCUGUUUUCGCCGGAGAGCCAGGGACCCACGACACCUGGCUAAAAGCUCCUCGAGGCAUCACUAAGGAAGAGACCCGAAGCUCGGACCCAGACUCUCGGGUUCCUCAGCCUCCGACGCCACGUUAGAACAAAAUGGGGUUCAGCGCGAUGGACGGUUUCUUCCUGGCUGUCUUCCUGGCAGUGUGCAUCUUGGCGGCGGUGAUCCUGCGCUGCAUCUGCUACCGCUGCUGCCUCCAGUCCUGCUCGCAGAAGGCGCGCCAAAACAACGGCGAGAUGAUCCUUCCCCGCCACACUACACCCACCAUAACGCCCGCGCGCCCGCAGCCGUAUUCCCAGGUGGACGGCACCCAGCGGGCAACAGUGCCUCCUCAGUCCCGCGCCGUCUUCACAAUAUACACUUUCCCUCAGCACGAGUCCCCCGAGGUGGAGAGGACGCCCCCACGCACCCCGGGCCCCCCGAAGUACUCCUCCCUCCCCGCCGACGCCCCGCCCAAGUACGAAGACCUCUUCCCCCAGGCGGACUUCACCUUCCCUUCGAAGACUCCGUCGCCGAGGAUAGCUCCUCCCACUCGAAACACCAUCGACCUGCAGCCCCUGCGAUCCUCCCCGCAGCAGAACACCUUAGUUCCUCUCGCGCCUCCUCCUGUGGCUGUCCCUCCUCCCCCAGUCUCGCACUUCCCUGCCCCCAGAGUGCCUUCCUCUGCUCCCUCUUCUGCCAUGCCUCCGUCCUCCCCGCCCUCCAAUUCGUCUUCCUCUGAUCCCUCAGCCGAAGGAGUCCCUCGAGAGGCGCCGCCAACGUACACAGCAGUACCCCCUUCCAGGGACGGAGAGUGAGAAGGACGGACCAGCGGCCAACGGUGUUCUCAGCUUUCUUCUGGGCAUUGAGUGAUCCCAUUGUUGAUCAUUACCCCAUUUCGUAACUGCCAAUGUUCAUCAAUAUUAACGGGAAAAAUGUCUUUCUGGCCAUGGACCAAAGUGCUUAUUGUGAGCAGGAACGUGACGUAACACCGUUCAAAGUACCUCGGCAACGCACGAAGUGAACUGAAAGUGAGGCAGGUUAAGCCACGACCUGCGCAAAUGAUGACACUGAAUCUUCAAGGAGGAAUCUCUGGACCUCAGAUAUGGAAUUCCUUUGCGGUAGAGGACGGGAAUUUAACUGCUCAAGGGGGGGGGGGGCUCGAUUUGCUGUCUGUCGUCAUGUUUUCGUUACCAAGAUUUAGUAAUAAAGAGGACUAAUAUGUUAUUUCUGUUGAUCGUGACCACAUUGGGAUAUCAAGUAAUUGGCCUUGAGCUACGAAAUAGGUCAAGCCUCAUUGAUUCUCGUGGAAUGUCAAACAGAAUAUUUGUCAGGUCCGCACUCACCAAGACAGCUUACAAUACUACUUUUAUUUAUGAUCAGUUAUUCCCAAACUCCUUUCUGUCUAUCUACUUAUCUAUUUAUCAUCCUGUCUCAGUCUUUCUUAGGGGGGAAAUCUUUCUGUCUUUAAUGCAUAUAUGGACAUUGAGACACACACAAUACUUACUAACAUGAAAUCUAAAUAUUGAAACUUACUUUUCUGUAAAAGAGAACCGGUCAUUAUGCCAGCUUGUUCAAAAGGCUCCAAGGUGCUAACUUCUUGUCUUUCUGUCGAAGGAAAAGUUAAACACGACUGUCUCCCUAAAUGUGAAUACAGCAGCAUUGUUGUAAGGGAGUUCUUCCAGUGAUAUACGGCUAUGCCCUUCCAGGUAUAUAGGCAUUAGAAAAUCGUCCUCCUAUUAGGCACUUGAUAUUGUUGCUUAUCUCUGCAUACGGUCUGUGUAUGUGUACUGACACACACACACACACACACACACACACACACACACACACACACACACACACACACACACACACACACACA